AUGGCGAGUAAAGGGUCGUUUACUCAGCAGCACAGCAGUUUUCAAGCUGAAGGGGUUGGAGAGAGAGAUGUGUUGUAUGAGGAAUUGUGGAAGGCCUGUGCAGGCCCUUUGGUGGAUGCUCCAAGAGCUGGGGAAAGAGUGUAUUAUUUUCCACAGGGUCAUAUGGAACAAUUGGAAGCUUCGACAAAUGAAGAACUAAAUCAGAGGAUACCAUUAUUCAAUCUGUCCUCAAAGAUCCUCUGCCGUGUUUUCAACACUCAGCUACUGGCUGAACAAGACACUGAUGAAGUGUAUGCACAAAUCACUUUGAUGCCAGAAGCAGAUCAAUCCGAGCCAAGAAGCCCGGAUGAGUGCGCCGAUGAGCCCGCUAGGCCCGUGGUUCACUUUUUUUGCAAGGUUUUGACAGCCUCUGACACAAGCACACAUGGUGGAUUCUCAGUCCUCCGAAAACACGCUAAUGAAUGCCUUCCUCCUUUGGAUAUGACUCAGCCCACGCCGUCUCAAGAACUGGUUGCAAAGGAUCUGCAUGGGAUCAAAUGGCAUUUUAAGCACAUAUUUAGAGCAGGUCAGCCUCGGAGGCAUUUACUCACAACAGGAUGGAGCACAUUUGUCACCUCUAAGAGAUUAGUUGCUGGGGACAGUUUCGUAUUUCUAAGAGGAGAGAAUGAGGAAUUACGAGUUGGUGUGAGGCGCCACGCCCUUCAACCGAGUAUAAUGCCAACAUCUGUUAUUUCGAGUCAUAGCAUGCACCUUGGGGUGCUUGCAACUGCUUCUCAUGCUGUUUCGACUCAGACCCUUUUCGUUGUUUAUUACAAACCGAGGAUGAGACAGUUCAUCGUAGGACUUAACAAGUACUUAGAAGCUGUGAGCCACGAGUUUGGAGUGGGCAUGAGAUUCAAGAUGUGUUUUGAGGGGGAAGAUUCGCCCGAGAGAAGGUUUUUCGGUGUACAAUUUGUUGGGGUGGAAGAUAUUUCUCCUAAUUGGGAAGAUUCUAAAUGGCGGUCAUUAAAGGUCCAAUGGGAUGAACCUGCUUCAGUUUCAAGACCCGAAAGGGUUUCGCCUUGGGAAAUUGAACCAUUUGUGCUUUCAGUGCCUGCUGGACUUAUUACACCACCAGCAACAAAGAAUAAAAGAGCCCGGCCUCAUAUCGAUAUCCCAAACUCUGGUUAG